UUCACGCUACAAGCAUCAUUCCUGAUCCAUCCUGAUCCUGAUCCUACAGGAGGAGAAACAGUGGGAAAGCAACAACACAACAUGCGUUUAUCCUGAACUAAAGUUGGCGAUGGCGCUCCGCCUGUGGUGUAUCGCGGUGUUCCCGCUGUUGUGCGGGGCGCAGGGGCCGGCGGACGCAGGGGACGGCGGUGUUUUCCAGCCCCAGAGUGCCCUCACUGACAUGGAGUUCGCCUCAGUCAGCUCCUACCGCGGCCCUGGAAACACUGACCUUCGGCCCAAUAAAGAGCUGCCCAUCCUUCUGUGGUGGAGCGCCAACCUCUUCCCGCACUUCCCAGGAGACACGGAGCGCGUGGACUGUUCCCGCUCGUCCUGCCUCGUCACGAGCAACCGGAAAGUUCAGUUGUAUCGCCGCACGGCGUCCGUUAUUUUCUACGGCACAGACUUCCGUGCGUACGAGGCUCCGCUGCCACGAAUGCCCCAUCAAACCUGGGCGCUUUUCCACGAAGAGUCUCCCAUGAACAACUACCUCCUGUCUCACAGUGUUGGGAUCCGGCUGUUUAACUACACGGCCACGUUCAGGCGGGAGUCGGACUAUCCGCUGACGCUGCAGUGGUUGCCCUCGCUGGAUUAUCUUCUGGCGCCGACGGCCGUCCCGCUGUCAGAGAAGAACCGCUGGAGACGGGCCGGUCUCGCCCCUGUGCUCUACAUGCAGUCCCACUGUGACGUGCCUUCGGACCGGGACCGCUACGUUCAAGAGCUCAUGAAGCAUAUAGAGAUUGACUCGUAUGGGAAGUGCCUCAACACGAGACCCCUGCCUGAGCAUCUGGAGGACACGAGCACGGCCACCGGCGAGGACGGGCGCUUCAUGAGCUUCGUGGGCCGCUAUAAGUUCCACCUGGCGCUGGAGAACGGCCUGUGCCCGGACUACAUGACGGAGAAGCUGUGGCGGCCCAUGCACCAGGGCUGUGUGCCCGUGUACAGGGGCUCGUCCUCGGUGUCCGACUGGCUGCCGAACAACCGCUCCGCCAUCCUCGUCGACGACUUCCCUUCUCCUCGAGAGCUGGCGGAGUUGCUAAAGGCUCUGGAUCAAGACGACGAGGAGUACUCGCGUUAUCUGGAGUACAAAACGCCCAGUCGCAUCACUAACCUGCGUCUGCUGGAGGGGCUGGAGAGCAGAGAGUGGGGCGUCAAUGACAUGAGCAAACCCAACUACCUGAACGGCUUCGAGUGCUUCGUGUGUGACCGUGAGAACGAGCGUCUGGCAGCGGUGAAAGCGCACCGGAAGAACCCGGACCUGAACCCGCCGCCCCAACCCAAGAUGGCCAACAGCGCACACAUGGGCUGCCCGCUGCCCAGUCCUGGACUCGGCCCGGUGGAGAGCGUCGACCCAAAUGACAGCUGGCUCCAGAUGUGGCCGCAGGACUACUGGCAGAGUCUGGAUCAGGCCGAGGGUUUGGAGUCGCUCCUCCGGCACAACGAGUCGGACCCGUCGCUGCUGUGGCGGCACAUCCAGAGCAUCGCCGUGAGGAGAGCCAGACGACCCUGACCUCAUGCUAAUCCACCCUCGGAUGAGCCUCUCUGGACGUUUGUGCACAUAUUGUAAUAUCUCUAACUAAACGGACACGAUCACAAUCAAUAAUCUCCUUCAAUGCCGAUAUUUCCCAUCAGUAUUAUGGAUUAAGCUCAAGAUGUUGGUCUGAGGGCUUCGGCUGAUGUCAGUCACAGUUAUGAUCAACACUUACUUGCAUGUCAUCAUCAGGUCACAUUUUUAGGGAUGCAUGACAUCACAUAUCGGUAUCGGCCGAUAUAUGUUUAUAUUUAAUGUUAGGUGACCGGCUCGAUAAGAAUAUUUGGCCGAUAUACUGUAUAUAUUUAAUUAAAGCCGAUAGAUUUCUCAGAUUUCAGAUUCGCAGUGUUCAUCAUGAUGGUUUUAAAUUGCUUGAAAUAUGAUUGGAAUCACUUCAAAAAAAAGGAAAGUCCGUCAUAUCGGCUACAUACAAUAUUAUGAUAAUCAUCAAUUAGUUCUCAUAAUAUUGUGUGUUUGGGUCGUAGCAUUUAAUGAGGAGACUUGUUUUUCCUAAUCAGGCUCUCAAAAAUGAUAGAAAUAUUUGGAUUUAGAUUUAUCUGCAUAUAUAUCGGUUAUCGGCUUUCAAAUAUAAAGAAUUAUCAGUGUUAAUAUCGGUGCAUCUCUACACAUUUCACUUCAUAAAUCCAAAGGAAAAGAUUGUUUUUAGGACCAUUAUGUGGAGUGGAGAGAGGGUCGACUUUUUCAUGGGAGUUAUACAGUGAUGUGAAUAAGUUUUGACACCCAUGCUAAAGUUGCCUAAAUAGAAGAAUAAAAAAAUCAUCUUUUGGA